GGGACAAGUACUGACCAGAGGGGCUGGGGAGGCGGCAGUGGUUCUGGACAGUGAACAUGAAGCUAAAGCUGUUGCCCCCUGACCCUAAAGUUUGGGCCCCCAGGCACUGGCUCAGCUGUGCUCUUCCCUUCACCAUCUUCAUCUUCAUGUUGCUGUUCUACCUGACUGGAGGGAAGCGAAAAGAUGAACUCACAGGCUGUGGAUUCAGGGCUCAACUCUGUGUUCCAGAGAGAUCUUUGACUUCCCAGAUAGAGCCUGGACUGAAAUCUGGUGAACUUCACUGCCUGGGCCCAAACAAGCUACCAGGCCAAAUGAUAAGUCCUUUUAGGGAGAGUUUAACAACUGAGGGAGACCUACAGCUGCCCCAGUUUCUGGAUGGAUGGAGAAAACUGGUCAUGCUCCUGGAUCCCCUGGGCACCCUCUUUACCUUUGCCACCCAGGAAGCCUCCACAAAACUCUCAGUCCUGGAGUCUUAUUCCCGAGGCCCCAACUCCACCCAUUAUCACACCUUCUCAGCCAUGGCUAACUGGGAGAAGGAUCCCUCUAAACUCUCUUCUGGUCUCCGUACAUUGGUGCUUCUGCACCGAGCCCUGCGCUGGGCCCAGCUCUGCCUGGGAGGCAUCGCCAGAGUUCAGAAUGCAGACAUGGGGGCUCUGUGCAGGAAAGCCUAUCAGAGUGUGCUCGGCCCCCACCACCCAUGGCUGAUCCGCCAGGCGGCAAACUUAGCCUUCCUCGCCUUUCCCAGGCGGAGACAACUACUGGCAAUGGUAUGCCCAGGAGCUACUGAGCAGGAGGCCCAGGAGGCCCUUUCUCAGGUAGCUGACACACUGGAGGCUGUCUACAAUCGCACCCAAGUGCUGCUAAAUGAGAGGGGAAUGCUGGCAGGGAGAGUUACUCUGAAGCCUACUGGGGGUAGGUAGCAGAGUCACUGGAAGAACUCAGUGCUCCCCUGGAGCACGAGGACUGGGCAGUGGGAGAGGGGAAGCUGACUGGGAGCAGCACUCAGUUUCUCAAGCACCUCCUCUCUCCCAUACUGACACUCCCUCUCAGCCCUGGAGCCAAGAAAACUCUCACAUCUUUAAUGAACAUCAGAUGGAAGAUGGAUGAUGUAGGGUAAAUAAAGUGUUUUUAGAAACUGUC